AUGAAAGUGUUCAUAUUCGUUCUGCUCCUCGUCAUCGGUAUAUUCUUGAUUUUGCAGGAAGGAGUACGGUAGCACUUUUUCAGAGGUUGCGGGCAAAAUGAGCAAAAAAGCGGCCGACUGUUUCAAAGAUUAUGUCCUCAAAGUGAGUGGAUUCGGAGAAGUUUCUCGUACUCAGUGGCAUUUCAGAACGAUGGCUCCGCCGAAAACUUGCUCUUGUUCAUCACUUCCGGCUUCAAUAUCGCUCUGCUCUUCCUCAACAUUACCAUUCUUUUUGGAGUUUUGAGAUUUGUAAGGGAAAGUAUUUCGUGUUUUGAAUUCGAAUGUGAGUGCAGAUAAGACCGGCAAUUGCCGAACUUCGCAAACAGACGUUCAUCAUUAUGGACGCCCUCCUCCUUUCCUGCAUUCCCGAAGUGAUCAUUCGCUCGCAAACUUCUAUGGCUAUUUUCUUAUUCAGAGUGUUCGCGAAGUUCUGGGGUGUCCUCAGGAUGCUGCGAACGGCGGAGCAAGACAGAAGAAUGCGGAGAGCACAGAUGCAAAGUCGAGAGCUUCUGGAGUCGCCACGACGGGCACUGCAUCGACAAUGUCUACGGGCGGAGGAUGA